AUAGAUAGAUGUAGAGAAGGCUUGUAGAUCACUAGAUAUAUGAAAAGUUUGUUAACUAGGAUAACGUGAAACCAUUAUGAGCGCAAUGUUAGUUUCCUGCCCUACCUCUCCCCUGUGCACCCCCAGCCCCUCUUCUGCCAAUGUUGGCCCCUUUCCCCCAGGUGCCCCGGCCCCUGGCUCCGCUGCUUUUCCUUGUCCUUCCCGGGGCUUUCUUCGCAGCCUUCGGAUCCUGUAUCACAUUCUGGAAGAAGAAGGUGGCGGCCGAGUACACGUACAGGACAUUGAGGGACUCUGGGGGGGACCAAGCAUUCUGGCAGGCGUCCCUCAGGCUCUCAGAGAUGCCACGGCUUCGAGUGGAGGAUACCUGAGCUUCCCACGACUGGUGAGGGGUCUUACCCAAGCGCUGAGAGCAGGGGACCCUGAAGACACAGCCCCGCCAAGGAAAAGGGGAUCCAAGUCUGUCACCCGAUCCCAGAGCAUCAACAAUGACGUCACCUCUACCGUACGCCUGACACGCCAGGAGCAGCGGAUACGGCGCCACACGCUGACCAGUGGGAUCGAUUACAACACGCUGCGUCGCAUGAAAGAAUUGGAGCAGGAACGAGACGCUCUUCUAGAUGGUGUCCAACUGGUGGAGAGGGCCCGAGAGUGGUACAGGGACCGUCUACAGGAGUCCGAGCAGCAGAGGGACCGGCAGGGCACCUUGAACCAAGCCCCACCACCUCCGCUCCUUGGCUCCACACUUUUGGUGCAGAUACAAGAAGUCAACAGAUUCUUGAGUGACCUCAUUUCAUCUUCUGAAAAGGGCACCCGGAGACAGUCCCCCUACUCAACAAAACAUCCUGACACCAUCACCACACUGAGGUACCAGAACCGGCUGCUAACCAAGGAGCUCUCCGUACAGAACGAAAGGAUAUGGAAACUACAGAGAGAGAACGAGGCGCUCUACCGAGAGCUGGAGGAACGUCACGUGCACAGAGCCACCUUCAUCUGAGCCUGGACGGGUCCACCGCCAUCACACCGGAUGACUGCAAGGACCGUGCCCAUUCAUGGUGAACCUUACUGAGAGGCGCCAUGUUAU